CGUGAGUGCGUGCCAUCGCUCAGCUGCUAUUGCGUCUUCGGAAACCCAUCCUUCCGCCAGCUCCGGCUCACCAAUCAUCCUGCGCCGUCAGUCGAUCUAGAGUUCUGGACGUUCCCAUCUCCUUGCUCUGUCAGCGGCCGUGGGUUAUACAUAAACAACCCCGCCACCUCUCUUUCAACCCCUGCUUCUCCUCUACAAACAGCCAAACUGUCUUCCACACUUUCUUUCCGACCCUUCCUAGCGGCCCCCCAGAGGCUAGCUAAAAUCCGACUUGCCCAAGUAUCGCGACAGUUUUCAGUUUUUGCUCCCGCCAUGGCGCCUACACCCAAGGAGUGCGACUACCUGGUCAUCGGAGGAGGAAGUGGUGGUCUUGCCUCUGCGAGGAGAGCCAGUGGCAUGUAUGGUGCCAAAACUAUUGCCAUUGAGAGCAAGCGCCUGGGAGGAACUUGCGUCAACGUUGGUUGUGUGCCUAAGAAGGUGACCUGGAACGCUGCCGCGCUCGCCGAGACCUUCCACGAUGCAAAGGCCUACGGAUUCUCCUACGACAACCUCUCCUUCGACUGGAACACCAUGAAGACGAAGCGUGACGCCUACGUCAAGCGCCUGAAUGGCAUUUACGAGCGAAAUCUGGGUAACGACAAGGUCGAGUACAUCGCCGGCCGCGCCAAGUUUGUGGACAAGAACACGGUCGAGGUCAAGAUGGACGAUGGCAGCGAGAAGCAGAUCGUUAAGGCCAAGAACAUCCUCAUUGCGGUUGGCGGUCACCCUACCCUGCCCAACAUUCCGGGCAAGGAAUACACCAUUGACAGCGAUGGUUUCUUCGACAUUGAGACGCAGCCUAAGAAGGCAGCUCUUGUGGGCGCGGGUUACAUUGGUGUUGAGAUGGCCGGCAUGCUCCACGCACUGGGCACGGAGACGCAUUUCUUCAUUCGCGGUGACAAGGUUCUGCGUACCUUCGACCCCAUGAUCCAGGACACCAUCACCAAGGAGUACGAGCGCCAGGGCCUCAACCUCCACAAAGUGGCUACCAUCACUAAGGUCGAGGACCAGGGCAACGGCAAGAGGCGCAUCACUUACGAUGAGGGCGACAAGAAGGGCCUGGUUCUCGAGGACCUCGAUACUGUCCUGUUUGCUAUUGGCCGUGCCCCUGAAGUCGAGGACCUGGGUCUGGAGAACCUUGGUGGCAUCAAGCAGAACGACAAGAAGCACAUUGUCGUUGACGACUACCAGAACACCAACAUCGACAACAUCUACGCGCUAGGUGAUGUCUGCGACAAGGGCUUCGAGUUGACCCCUGUCGCCAUUGCCGCCGGCCGACGCCUCUCGGACCGCCUCUUCGGCGGCCAGAAGGACGCCCAUCUCGUUUAUGAGAACGUCCCGUCUGUCGUCUUCGCGCACCCCGAGGUCGGCACCAUUGGCAUGACGGAGCCGCAGGCGCGCGAGAAGUACGGCGAUACGGUUAAGGUGUACAAGACCAGCUUCACGGCCAUGUACUACGCAAUGAUGGAAGCAGACCAGAAGGGCCCCACUGCCUACAAGCUUGUCUGCGAGGGCCCCAACGAGCGCGUCGUCGGCCUGCACAUUCUCGGUGCCGGCAGCGCGGAGAUGCUGCAGGGCUUCGGUGUCGCGAUCAAGAUGGGCGCGACGAAGGCGGAUUUCGACCGCUGCGUGGCGAUACACCCGACUAGCGCUGAGGAGCUGGUCACCCUGAAAUAGAGAGAUAUAUAGAGCGCCUUUGUGAUGAUUUAGAUGUCUCUAGGAUCGCAUAGAUAGCGUUGCGAGUUUAUUGAUAUCCUUCCCGAAUGAAAGAUAUAUUUUCGCAUAGAGC